AUACUGAUGGAUUGUUUUACACCGUUCUGUCUCCGCUAGGGUUCAGUUGAUUUCUACGCGAACUUAAGGCCUCUCGCGGGUAAUUGUUUUAAAAAAUUCCUUCAAAUUGAAACCCGUUUAGUAGCCCUUUCAAAGCGUGCGAUCGAUCUGAUCUUUGGCGAUAUUCACCAAUGAUUCUAGUUUGCAAAUUCUGAAAUAAAAAUUAGAUAUUUAUAGUCGGCGAGGCGCGACGCAACGUGCAAAUGAAAUCGCAGUUUUUGGGGUUUGGUACAAAAUCAUAAAAAAAACUGUAGUUGCAAACCACUCCAUUUUGCGUAUAUGAGGUCAGUCCAACUUGAUGUCUUACAUGACAAGCGGACAACCGAACCGAUUCUUAAGCGCAGCAGACGGAUGCGGAUAAGAGAAACAGGAACGCUUUCCUAUCAUUCCUUUUCCGCUCGCCUUCAGCAUCUUUUGCCUACUCCCUCCAACUCCCCUAAUAAAAAUAGGCUUUAGGUCACAACAUUAAGAAUAGUUUUUUUAUGUAAAACCCGUUAAGGGGCAGAUCGAAAAACCUUCAGUCAGCCCAAGAAACUAGUAUUUGUUUACUUCUUUUUGCGCAUAUUGUUAUCGCGUGGGUCUUAAGCUCAGAUUGAUUGAGGAUCGUUGUCAAGUUAGUGUCACUUUUAGCACCAGCAUAUGGCACAAUGUAAACAGAAUCGCAUGGUAUAUAGACAUUUAAUCAGUUUUUUUGUGCGUUUUAUUACCUUUUCUUCAUUUUCAAAUGGCGAUUCAAGACUCUUGCUUUUCACUGUAGUUUUGAUUGGCAAUUGGUUCCUACCACCUGAUUUUAUUCCGCUUUGCAAAUUAGAUAUGCCUUAUAGAUAAACAAGAAAACCUGCCUUGACUUAAGUUACUGUCAAGUCGUGAAUUCGCAUAAAGCAUCAACACGCGAAAAGAAGCUACUAAACACCAUGUCUGACGUCACUUUUCUUGUAACUGGCAUCGUGUCAAUCAUUGUGUCAAUUACAGCCAUAACAACCAAUAGCCUCCUGUUGGUUGUUAUUAUCAAGAACCCACUCCACUGCCUACGAAAGCCAUCGAGUGGUUACCUAGGCGCCUUAGCUGUGGCAGAUCUCUCUAUCGGAGCACUCUCCAUGAGCUAUUAUGCAACGAUCACAUUGAGAGCAUUUGAAACCGGAGAACUCGAGUACCAUGGCGUGCGCUCAUACCUCUCGGUUAGUGGUAUGAUGACGUACACUUCACAAGUUCUGCUGGUCGUGGUGCUGACGUUUGAACGAUUUCUCUCCAUUACUUGCCCAAUCUUCCACAGAAAUCACGUGACCUUCAGAGCCGCCGUCAUUACAUCAUUAACGAUACUCCUCUACUCGUCGGUAUUCAGUUUCGUACAGUAUGCGGAAGUCGAUAUCAAAGCGUACAACCUUGCGGAUAUCUUAUUACAUCACCUGUUACCAUUGGCAACUGUGCCACUGGCCUACUUUGCAAUCCACCGUGGGCUCAAAAAGCAACGCACAACCCCAAACCAAGCUGCAGAAAUGCAGAGAUAUCAUAUUGAGAAGCGACUGGUUGGUACUGUUAGUAUCGUAGGUCUGCUAUUAGUAUUGACACUCACUCCUUACUUGCUUAUCAUAGUUUUGUUGUCUUUUUGUACGGCGUGUAAUGAAGAGAGGCUGAUCAACGCACGAUUAGUAUCCAUACUGAUGUUAUAUGUAAACUCGGCAAUGCACCCGUUUAUCUAUGGUUGGCGACUGCGCCAGUACAGGAGUUCUUUUCAAGCAGUUUUUUCGAGUUGCAAAGUGCAACAACAACGAACUAGGGAAAUACAAAUUCCGGGAAUUUCAACUGAGCAAAAAACAGAUACCUCUUAAAUUGUUGGUGACGUGUAAAAAGGGAAAGUUCAGUGGUCAAGUGUGCAACCCAAAUAGUUCAGUGGUCAAGUACGUAAUCCAGAUAGUUCAGUGGUCAAUAAGCAAUACGGAUAGCUCAGUGGUCACGUACGUAAUCCAGAUAGUUCAGCGGUCAAUACGCAAUACGGAUAGUUCAGUGGUCAAGUACGUAAUCCAGAUAGUUCAGUGGCCAAGUACGCAACCCGGAUAGUUCAGUGGUCAAGUGUGCAACCCGGAUAGUUUAGUGGUCAAGUGUGUGACCCGGAUAGUCCAGUGGUCAAGUAGGCAACCUGGAUAGUUCAGUGGUCAAGUGUGCAACCCGGAUAGCUCAGUGGUCAAGUGUGUGACCCGGAUAGCUCAGUGGCCAAGUACGCAACCCGAAUAGCUAUCACAUGCGCAAAACCCGGAUAGUUCAUAGAUAGAUGAAAAGUUCAGUAGUAAAUUAAGCUGCCCGAAUAGCACAGUUUUCAAGUGCGCAACCGGUUAAAGGCGCAAUCCGGAUAGCUCCUUUAACUUAAAAACGGUUUGCCUAGGAAAGGACAAUUUCGAAGUUUUAUGUUGUAAGACACUAGGGUAAACACAAUCAGCUUAUGAGAAAUUACUGCUUUCCUAUCAACCGAGACAUAAUAUAAUAAAAUAAAUGGCUCGAUGAA